AUGCAUUCCAAUCACCUGCUUCUCGAGGAGCCUAUAAGGAUGGCCUCCAUCCUCGAGCCAUCCAAAUCUAGUUUCUUCCCUGCAAUGACAAAGAUCGUGGGGACUUUGGGCCCCAGGUCUCGAUCCGUCGACGUUAUCUCCGGUUGCCUCAAAGCUGGAAUGUCUGUGGCUAGAUUUGACUUUUCUUGGGGAGACUCACCGUUUCAUCAAGAAACAUUGGAGAAUUUGAGGAUGGCUAUCAAGAGCACCAAGAAGCUCUGUGCUGUUAUGCUAGAUACGGUGGGCCCCGAGAUGCAGGUUGUGAAUAAAAGUGAGACGGCUAUUUCACUUGUGGCAGACGGUACUGUUAUUCUGACACCUCAUCAGGGCCAGGAAGCGUCUUCAGAAGUGUUGCCUAUCAACUUUACUGGACUAUCUAAGGCUGUAAAGAAGGGAGACACCAUUUUUGUUGGCCAAUACCUGUUUACAGGAAGUGAAACUACAUCGGUGUGGCUGGAGGUAGUUGAGGUGAAAAAUGAAGAUGUAGUCUGUGUGAUAAAGAACUCUGCAACCUUGGCUGGGUCUCUGUUCACUUUGCAUGCCUCUCAAAUUCGAAUUGACUUGCCUACUCUCUCGGGCAAGGAUAAGGAGGUUAUUAGUACAUGGGGUGUUCAAAAUAAAAUUGACUUCCUCUCACUAUCAUAUACAAGGCACGCAGAAGAUGUUCGUGAAGCCCGUGAAUAUCUAUCUAAGUUGGGUGAUCUUAGUCAGACUCAAAUUUUUGCAAAAAUCGAAAAUGUAGAGGGUUUAACCCAUUUUGAUGAGAUCCUACAAGAAGCAGAUGGGAUCAUCCUGUCCCGUGGAAACCUUGGCAUAGAUCUCCCACCUGAGAAGGCCCGUGAAUAUCUAUCUAAGUUGGGUGAUCUUAGUCAGACUCAAAUUUUUGCAAAAAUCGAAAAUGUAGAGGGUUUAACCCAUUUUGAUGAGAUCCUACAAGAAGCAGAUGGGAUCAUCCUGUCCCGUGGAAACCUUGGCAUAGAUCUCCCACCUGAGAAGGUGUUCUUGUUUCAGAAGGCUGCUGUUUACAAGUGUAACAUGGCUGGAAAACCAGCGGUGGUAACUCGUGUCGUGGACAGCAUGACUGAUAAUCUGAGACCAACUCGUGCAGAAGCUACUGAUGUUGCCAAUGCCGUGUUGGAUGGCAGUGAUGCAAUUCUUCUUGGUGCUGAGACUUUGAGAGGAUUAUACCCUGUUGAGACUAUUUCUAUCGUCGGUAAAAUUUGUGCUGAGGCAGAGAAGGUCUUCAAUCAAGAUCUGUACUUCAAGAAGACUGUCAAAUAUGUUGGCGAACCAAUGACCCACUUAGAAUCUAUUGCUUCAUCCGCGGUACGGGCUGCCAUUAAGGUGAAGGCAUCUGUUAUUAUUUGCUUCACUUCAUCUGGAAGGGCUGCAAGGUUAAUUGCAAAGUAUAGGCCAACAAUGCCAGUUCUGUCAGUCGUCAUCCCCAGGCUUAAGACAAAUCAAUUGCGAUGGAGCUUUAGUGGUGCAUUUGAGGGUUUAACCCAUUUUGAUGAGAUCCUACAAGAAGCAGAUGGGAUCAUCCUGUCCCGUGGAAACCUUGGCAUAGAUCUCCCACCUGAGAAGGUGUUCUUGUUUCAGAAGGCUGCUGUUUACAAGUGUAACAUGGCUGGAAAACCAGCGGUGGUAACUCGUGUCGUGGACAGCAUGACUGAUAAUCUGAGACCAACUCGUGCAGAAGCUACUGAUGUUGCCAAUGCCGUGUUGGAUGCGGUGGUAACUCGUGUCGUGGACAGCAUGACUGAUAAUCUGAGACCUACUCGUGCAGAAGCUACUGAUGUUGCCAAUGCCGUGUUGGAUGGCAGUGAUGCAAUUCUUCUUGGUGCUGAGACUUUGAGAGGAUUAUACCCUGUUGAGACUAUUUCUAUCGUCGGUAAAAUUUGUGCUGAGGCAGAGAAGGUCUUCAAUCAAGAUCUGUACUUCAAGAAGACUGUCAAAUAUGUUGGCGAACCAAUGACCCACUUAGAAUCUAUUGCUUCAUCCGCGGUACGGGCUGCCAUUAAGGUGAAGGCAUCUGUUAUUAUUUGCUUCACUUCAUCUGGAAGGGCUGCAAGGUUAAUUGCAAAGUAUAGGCCAACAAUGCCAGUUCUGUCAGUCGUCAUCCCCAGGCUUAAGACAAAUCAAUUGCGAUGGAGCUUUAGUGGUGCAUUUGAGGCAAGGCAGUCCCUUAUAGUCAGAGGUCUUUUCCCAAUGCUUGCUGAUCCUCGACAUCCUGCUGAGUCUACAAACGCGACAAAUGAAUCAGUUCUGAAGGUUGCACUUGAUCAUGGAAAGGCCUCGGGAGUUGUAAAGUCACAUGACAGGGUUGUGGUUUGCCAAAAAGUUGGGGAUGCAUCUGUGGUGAAGAUUAUUGAGCUUGAAGAUUAA